AUGAAGGUUCACAAGACACUGACUCUUUUCAAACUUUUGUUCAUCUUUGAUGGCCUGGAUGAAAGUCGACUUUCACUGGAGUUCACUAACCGGAAGAUUGUUUCUGACAUUACUCAGACAUCAUCAGUCAAUGAGUUAGUAACAAACCUCAUAGAAGGGAAUCUGCUUCCCUCGGCUCUCAUCUGGAUAACUACCCGACCUGCAGCAGCCAAUCAGAUACCUCCUAAAUGUGUUGACAGGGUAACAGAAGUGCGAGGCUUCACUGACGCUCAGAAGGAGGAGUACUUCAGGAUGAGAUUUAGUGAGAAAGAGCUGUCCAGAGUUAUCUCCCACAUUAAGAAAUCCAAAAACCUCAAUGUCAUGUGUAAAAUCCCAGUCUUCUGCUGGAUCACUGCCACAAUCCUUGAGUACAUAUUGAGUACAGACCAAAGAAGAGAGCUACCAAAGACCCUGACUGACAUGUACUCGUACUUCCUACUGGUUCAGACAAAGAGGAAUAAGCACAAGUGCCAAAAAGAACAUGAGACGAGUGCACAGGAGCUGACGGAUGCUGACAGGGAAGUUCUUCUGAAGCUGGGGAUGCUGGCGUUUGAAAAUCUGAAAAAUAGAAACAUCAUAUUCUACCAAGAAGACCUGGAAAGGUGUGGUCUGGAUGUCACAGAGGCCUCAGUUAAUUCAGGGGUUUUUACUGAAAUCUUUAAAAGAGAGUGUGUGAUUUUCCAAAAACCAGUCUACUCCUUUGUUCAUCUGAGCAUUCAGGAGUUUCUGGCUGCUGUUUACACGUUUCACUGUUACACCAACAGGAAAACAGAGGUACUAAAGGAAGUCCUGGGGGAAGAAUAUAAUGAGACAUCUCUGGACAUUUUUCUGAGCAAAGUCAUGGAAAAGUCCCUCCAAUGUAAAAAUGGCACUCUGAACUUGUUUGUUCGCUUCCUGCAUGGCCUCACACUAGAGUCCAACCAAAGACUCUUAGUAGGUCUGCUGAGUCAGACAGAGAACAACCCAGAAGUUAUCCAGAAAAUCAUCAACAACCUAAAAGAGAUGAGACGUUCUCAAAUUUUUCCUGACAGAAGCAUCAACAUCUUUCAUUGUCUGAUUGAGAUGAAUGACAGCUCAGUGUUUCAGGAGAUCCAAGAAUUCGUGAAAUCAGAGACAAAACUCUGUGAGAUCCACUGCUCAGCUCUGACCUACAUGCUGCAGAUGUCGGAGGAGGUUCUGGAUGAGUUGGACCUGCAGAAGUUCAACACAUCAGAUGAAGGACGACACAGACUGAUUCCAGCUGUGAGCAACUGCAGAAAGGCUCUACUAAAAGCUUGUCAUCUCUCAGAGACUCACUGUGAAAUUGUGGCCUCAGCUCUCAAAUCCGACAACUCCAAUCUGGUGGAGUUGGACAUGACUGGAAACAAGUUGCAGGAUUCAGGACUAAAUAUUUUGUCUGCUGGACUGUCGAGUCCAGACUGUCGACUAGAGACUCUGAGGUUGGAGAGCUGUUGGUUGUCAGAUAUCAGCUCUCUGGCUUCAGCUCUGAAUUCCAACCCCUCUCAUCUGAAAUAUCUAAACCUGAGCUACAACAUCUUGGAGAAUUCAGGAGUGAGGCAUCUUUGUGGUUUUCUGAAGAAUCCCCACUGUCUAUUGGAGACUCUGAGAUUGCAGCGCUGCAGUUUGUCAGAGAUCAGCUGUGAUCAUCUGCUUCCAGCCCUUCAGUGCAACCCCUCCCAUUUGAAACAUCUGGACCUGAGCACGAACAACCUUCAGGAUUCAGGAGUGAAGCAGCUGUGUGUUUAUCUGAAGACUUCAGAUUGCAGACUGGAGACUCUCAGGUUAUGGGGCUGCAAGUUGUCAGAGACCAGCUGUGAUUAUCUGUUCAAAGCUCUUCAGUCCAACACCCAUCUGAGAGAGCUGGACCUGACCUUGAACAACCUGCAGGAAUCACAUGUGAAGCAGCUGUCUGAGCUUGUGGACAGCCCACAUCACACACUGGAGGUUCUCAAAUGGAAGGACCCAUAAACACAGUUGUUUGUCUUUGUUGUGUGUGUAGUGUGUGUGUGGUGUGUGUGCGUGUCCUGAUGGUCCAGAGAGGUUGAAACACCAGCAGCUUGUGUGUAGUGAUGCUGUGACAGGGCCAGGCUACAGGGAGGUGGAGUGGACAGCAGAGCUUCAUCCAGCAGUGACAGAAAUCAGACGUGCAGAUGGCU